GGAAAUGAGGCGGAGGCCGCCGAGAAGCGGGGAGCCCCGCCCCUCCGCCCUAGCGGCCUCCCGGUGCCGCCACUUCCUUUACAGCCUCCCGCCCUCCCCGGCCUUCCGGCCCGUAGGCCAGGUUCGGCCAGGCCCCGCCGGCCCCCUCGGGAGUAGCUCCAGCGCCGUGGCCGCUAUGGGGAGAGGAGCUAAGUGUAGCUUACAAGUCUCCUGUGGUCGCGGGGCUAGAGCUUGACUCUGGAGAGAGGAAAGGAAGAAUGGAAGCCUGGUGAAGAGGCAGAGAAGCCUGUGGGAGCUCAGCCCUGGCAGCAGCACCCCUGAGUUCCCAGCAGUGAGAGGAUGUGGCCCCUGGACCAGUCCAGGAAAGAGGUGCUGAGGUUUGCAGUCAGCUGCCGUGUCCUGACUCUGGUGCUACAGGCUCUCUUCAAUGCCAUCAUCCCAGAUCACCGUGCAGAAGCCUUCUCUCCUCCUCACCUCACCCCCUCAGGCGUUGUGGACCAACUCGUGGAAGGUCUCCUGGGUGGCCUGUCUCACUGGGAUGCUGAACACUUCCUGUUCAUUGCUGAGCACGGCUAUCUAUAUGAGCAUAACUUUGCCUUCUUCCCUGGCUUCCCCCUGGCUCUCUUGGUGGGAGCUGAACUGCUGAGACCCCUGCGGGCAUUAGUGAACCUACGGAGUCGCCUGUUAAUCUCAGUAGCAUUGCUCAAUUCUUUGUUCUCCGUGCUAGCCACUGUCGCACUUCAUGACCUGGGCUGUCUGGUUUUGCGCUGUCCCCGCCAGGCCUUUUAUGGAGCCCUGCUCUUCUGCCUCAGCCCCGCCAAUGUCUUCCUGGCAGCUGGUUACUCAGAAGCUUUGUUUGCCCUCCUGACAUUCAGCGCCAUGGGGCAGCUGGAAAGGGGCCGAAGCUGGACUAGUGGACUCCUCUUUGCCCUUGCCACUGGUGUUCGCUCCAAUGGACUGGUCAACAUUGGCUUCCUCGUGUAUUCUCAGUGCCAGGGAUUUCUGUCUUCUCUCAUGGUGCUGAAUCCUCUCAGACAGCUCUUGAUGCUGAUGGGCUCUGUGUUCCUGUCUUUGUUCACACUUGGCCUUCCCUUUGCCCUCUUUCAGUAUUAUGCCUACACCCAGUUCUGUCUGCCAGGCUCUGCCCGCCCCAUCCCUAAGCCCUUGCUGCAGUUAGCUGUGGACAAGGGCUACCGGACUGUGGAGGGAAAUGAGCCACCUUGGUGCUCCUGGAAACUUCCCUUAAUAUAUAGCUAUAUCCAGGAUCUCUACUGGAAUGUUGGCUUUUUGCGAUACUAUGAGUUCAAGCAGGUGCCCAAUUUCCUAUUGGCUGCACCAGUGGCUAUACUGGUUGCCUGGGCAACAUGGACAUAUGUGACCACCCACCCAUGGCUCUGCCUUACACUUGGGAUGCGAAGGAGCAAGAACAGUAAGACCCGAGAGAAAUCUCAUCCUGGAUUCCUCAGUCCUCGGGUGUUUGUGUACCUGGUCCACGCUGCAGCGCUGUUGCUGUUUGGUGGUGUCUACAUGCAUGUCCAGGUCCUCACCAGGUUUCUGGGUUCCUCCACUCCUAUUGUGUACUGGUUUCCAGCUUAUUUGCUUCAGAAUCAAGAGCCACUGCUGAGAUCCCCAGAGACUGUGCCUUGGAAGCCACUUGCAGGGGAAUCUGUAGCAAGACAAAAGGUUCCCAGAAAUUCUCUUGUGGGACUUCUAUACAACUGGAAAGCCUGUUCACUGGUCACACGAUGUAUUCUGGGCUACUUCCUGUCUUACUGGCUCUUGGGACUACUCCUACAUUGCAACUUCCUACCUUGGACAUGACCUGGAAUCUCAGGGUCUGGAAGUACAAAUACACACUAGAACUGUGUGUGCUUCCCUGAGACCCUUGAUCUUUCCUUUAGGAACUUCCAGUCUCUCUGAAGGUUGAUCAGGGAUGGGAAGAAUGUGAGCUACGGGAGAGCCCCCAUAUGGUCCUGGCUGUGGCAAAUUUUAGAGCAGUAACUGUUUUCUCUGUAAGGGAAGAAAUCUUACUCUAGGUUUAAAGUACACUUGGAUUUGUCUUGUCAACCAAGCAUAGCAGAGAUGAUUGUAAACUCACCACUGACCCACAUGUAAAUUUAAAUGUAAAUUAUUUGAAUAUGAGUUUCAUCAAUGGCUCUAGCUGAUAGGCUGGUAAUAGUUGACACAUGAUGAUGGAGGCCUGAACAAGUGUACUGGCAGUAAUAAAUAAAGUAGGGCCAUCUUUUCUAAAUGGGAUAUUGUUUCUAUUAUUGUCAUGAUUUGUUUAUUUAUUUAUAUGAAAAAAUCUUGAUAUGCAAAUUAAACAACUUUUGAUUGUGCAAUGAA